CUGCGCACCUCUGCGCAAAAGGAGCGGGCGCAGACAAAGCGGGGCAGGCGGCGGAGCGCCGCAGCAUGCGGGGCCGCCAGGGCUUCCUCUGCUGCGGGUGGGCUGCUGCUGCCGCCGCUCUUGGUUUGUUUUUUUUUUUUCGCUGCGUGUGAGUGUUAUUUUUUUUUUUUUUUUUCUCUCUUCACCAACUUCCUUCCUGCUCCAACUGCCAGAGCUCGGGGCUGAGCGCUGACAGCAGAGGAGGACCCCGGCCGCAGGCGCCGCUCCGCCGACCAAGCCACCAUGACUGAGAAGACGCAAGAGCCUCAUGUGGAGGAUGAUGAUGAUGAGCUGGAUGGGAAACUCAACUACAAACCUCCUCCCCAGAAAACACUGCAGGAGCUGCAGGAGUUGGACAAGGAUGAUGAAAGCCUGGCUAAGUACAAGAAGUCCCUGCUGGGAGAUGGACCUGUGGUAGUAGACCCAACAGCUCCCAAUGUGGUGGUCACCCGACUCACUCUGGUCUGUGACUCUGCUCCAGGACCCAUCACCAUGGACCUUACAGGCGACCUCGAAGCACUCAAGAAAGAGACCUUCGUAUUAAAGGAAGGGGUGGAAUACAGAGUUAAGAUCCACUUCAGAGUAAACAGGGACAUUGUGUCGGGACUGAAAUACGUGCAGCACACCUACCGGACAGGGGUGAAGGUGGACAAAGCCACGUUCAUGGUUGGCAGCUACGGGCCACGGCCAGAGGAGUACGAGUUCCUGACGCCCGUUGAGGAGGCUCCCAAGGGUAUGCUGGCUCGAGGCACCUACCACAACAAAUCCUUCUUCACGGAUGAUGACAAGCACGACCAUCUCACCUGGGAGUGGAACCUGUCCAUCAAGAAGGAAUGGACAGAAUGAGUUCACCCAGUUUGCCUUCCCCCUUCCCGUCCCCUUGCCUCCUGCACCAGUCUCCAGGCCUUCGCUGCUUCUUCUGAUACACUGAGAACAACCCAGCCACCACCCCAUCAUGACCAUAAUGGGUUAAAUUGCGAAAACACCUCCCUCCCUCUCCCCCAGUACUUCCUCGUGUUGUCCCCAUCUCUCCCAUACCAACUCCAGUCCUGGAAGUGCCUUUUCGAGGAAACAAGAUCACCUGGCAGGGGUGGACUGGUCCCUGGAAAAUCCCUCUCUUGAGUUACACUUGCCAUGUGCUCUGACUCAUUGUAAAGGGUUACUUACCUCCCGUGAUUGUCUCCUGGUCUGUGUCUGGUGCCCUACCCUGUUAAAAUCCAUCCUUGUGCAGGCAAAGCCAGUCAGGGGGAAUGCAGCUAGAUGCCGUAACAAGACUUCAGUGUCUGAGAAUAAAACCAGUUUCUUUCUUC